CCUCCCCCCGCUCCAUUAGAGCGCAGUGACCGGUAACGGCCGCUACGGCUGGUCGGGAUGUGAGCCGGAUGAAGUGCCGCCGCUGCUUAAGUGGCGUCUGCAGCGGCGUGGUGCGCCCUGCUGUAGCGGACCGGCUCCUGCUGCGAUUCGGGUUCGGCUCUGGCUCUGGCUCUGUGCCCUAAUCCAAAAACCUGGUGUGGGACCGACUCCUCUUCUCCCCGCCAGCGUUGGUCGCGGGCUCCCCUUUGGUUUCCACGGCGGCGGGCCCGUGCCGGGGAGCCCUUAGCUGCGCCCUACUGAGCCCUGCUCCUGUGCAGGGGCUGGGGGUAAAGCAGGAAGGAGCAGCGAGGUCGGGUUGUGGGGUGAUGCGGGCACUGCCCGUCCGCAGAACAGAAGUGGGGUUGCUGCGCUCGGGCAAACCUGGGGCCCUCAAUGGGAGUAGCAGGAAAACAUGGCUGGCCUAGAGCACAGUCAGUUCGGCUAAUGCGGGACUUCUGGGAAACUACAUAGAAGCGUUCGGAAAUAGAUGCAGGGGAUUGGACUGGUUGACUUAGGAGCUCUCUUGCAGAGUACUUGGAUAAUGUGUUCUUUUAGUCAUUGCUUCACUUGAUUUGUUUGGUCAAGUAAAAUUAAUGUAUAAAUUCAGAAAAUGCUUAUUUUCUCCAGUUCCCUCUUUACUUUCACCACUCCACAUGUAGAUAUCAACCAUGCAGACUACUCUAGUUGGACAGACACAUGUUGCCAGGUGCAGUCUCAGAAGACACUGGGGCUCCAUGGGUCUGGAGAGCCGCCAGUGUGGAGCAACUUGCAGACUCAGGGUCUUUUGUAGCACAACAGAGAUGACUUCCAACCACCCCUCUGAUUAGUGAAAAAUGGCUAGAUUUGGCAGUGAUGAUAGGGAAAUGGUUACAGAUCACAUAGGAAGGAAACCUAGAACAGAUGUUCACAAGAUGCAGUAGUUUAUGUGGAAAUGGUAAGAAAAUUUUGUCUUUUUUUAAUAAUGAAACAUUUGAUGGUAAGCAUUAAUAAAGUGCCAUAGUAGAUGAAGAAUAGCAUCUCUUGACAUGUGAAUAUGAGUUGGUGUCUCAUUUAUACUACAUUAUUUUAACAGUCUCAUGUUUUGUUUAGGUUUACACUGAAGCAUUUACUUCUGUUGAAGAAAAGAGGGAACCGGGCUUAAAUUUUCUAUAAGAAAUGAAAGUGUUGCUUUUCAACCAUGUCCACCCAUAAUAUUGGAGUGAGCAGACACUCAGUUCUCCCUCCCAUUGUUCCUGACAGUGAUAAGAAAUUUUUGGACAGUAUACAAAGAUACAUCAUUACAGAGAUUGAAAAAGUGGGUUGUACAGAACAAGGACCAGCUGAGGAGUAUUACAUUAUAUACAGAAAUGUUUUUGACAAGAUAAUAGAGCAUGUUACUGUGUACAAGAACAUUCUGACUUCAAUCAAACAGGAGUAUGAUGCAUUUAUUGAAGCGAUAAAAAAGGGCCAAAGGAAUGCAUUUUAUCUUCAUGGAAAAUUGAAAGUUCUGGCAUUUGAGCCUACAGCUCUAAUAUGUUAUAGAAAAAGAACAAUCCAACUUGAAGACAAGGUAAAAGUUAUUGAGAGAAAUUCUGCUAGAAUUCAAAAUCUGAUAUUGAAAAUAAGAAAUAUUAAUAAAGUGCCCUCUACAGAAGCUUUGACUCCAAGAAAAAAGAGAAACCCUGCUAAGCCUAUACCAGGUCUGACUGUAAAAGAAUCUCUCAGCUUAGAUGCUCUUUCUAGACACCUUGCUCAGCUGGAAGGGAGAGUGCGGGAACUGAAAGCUGACAUGAUAUCAAAAUACAUCCCUCUGGAGAACAAGGCUGGCCUAGAGCAGGAACUCAAGCACUCAUUGGAACUACGAGAUAAGGCAGAGGCAGUGAAUGAGAAACUGAGACUGAGUUAUAAUAGAAUUACAUUGGUUGCAAAUGCUGUGUCUGCCUGGGCAGAAUCUGACAAGAGCACCUCCUUGCAAGAACUCCUCUCUCAAGUCAUGGAAAAGAAGGAAGUUGUAAAAGCUGCCGCUGCCUUUAGCAUCUCUCAUAUAUUUGAACAUGACCCCAGCAAGAGUAAAGAGGCUGAAGAUUUGCUUGAAUAUAUUGAAAGAUUCAAUGAAUUAUUUUCAUAUGGUCAGUAUGAGGCUGCAGCAGUUUAUGCUGCAAACUGUCCUAGAGGAAUUCUCCGCAAUGAAGAAACCAUGAUGAAAUUUAAGGCUCUUGGUGCUGUUAAAGGGAGGAUUCUCCCUUUGCUGAGAUAUUUUGAGGCCCUCAUAAGCUCAAGUGCUGCAGUUAGACACCCUCUGUGUGCAGCCAUGACUCUGGAAGCAAUCAAAUGUGCAUUGUUUGAAAAACAGUUAAAUCUAGUUAUGCACUGGGUCACACAGCAAAGGCUGACGUUUUGUGAGGCAGCAGGGGAUGUAAUUUAUGACUAUGGGGAGGUGGAACCAUUCAACAAGUCCAAGUGUUUGGCUUUGGCUCAGAUUGCCUACAGUCAGUGUGGCGUGCACAAGAAAGCUGCUCUGUGCUUGUGUAAACAGGGCCAAAUUUGUGGAGCAAUGGAUUAUAUACAGCAAUUCAAACACCUCACUUUCGAUGAUUACUUAUUCCUACUGAAAAACUGUCCUAGUAUUGAGCUAAUUCAUUGUCUAACUCAAGAGUGGAAUGAGAAACCAGCAUUAUUAUCCAUUGGGGCUACGAUCCUCUCACUCAUUGAUACUGAUCACAAAGAGCAUGGUUUACAACUGUUAGAGGAAAUAAACAUGGGUGAGAAGAAUGCGCUGGAACAAGUUAUUUUAAAUGAUACGGUCUGUACCUUGGAAGGUUGGAAGAAGAUCGCAGAUACAUGUGCAGAAAAUAAGCAUGAAAAAUUGUCUCAAGAAAUCCUCUCGAUCCUUACCUCACAGGAAGGAGUGGUUCAGAUUUCCCCAUUUGAUGAUGAUGCAAAGAUAAUGGAACAUGUUUUCUUGUAGUUCUUCUAUAAAGCAAUUGAGGGAGCUCUAACAACAUUCAACCUAAGCAUCGUUAUAGUUGUUUGUAUGAAUUAUAGUAAACACUGAUCACUCAGAAAUAGAGCUGGUACUUCUUUUUGCCAUCAAAUGUAAAUUAGUAUCCCCUUUUAAUACAUGUGUGUCUUAACUGGGAAGGUAUAUUCAGUGUAGAACAAACUCGGCCUAUUUAGUUAAUGAAUAUUGUGAAAGUAUGUUUAUAUAUUUCCUUGUA